AUGUCAUCUUUAGGUAGAUCUAAAGCUGCUAUGAUGCAGAAAAACAGGAAUAAGAAAGCAGCAGCACAACAGCAACAACAGCCAAAGAAGAAAUUGUCGUUGGAGGAAUUGAUUGCCAAGGCAGAUGAUUAUGCACAGGAAUUCAAAUUGGAUUUGGCAUUAAAGUAUUAUAUAGAGGCAUUGAAUCAGAGUCCAAAGAACUCGAAUAUUAUGGACAGUAUCAGUGAGGUGCUCCUCGAGAUGGGUGACACCGAGACUGCCAAACAAUACAUCGUAGCAUCGAUUCAAGCCAACCCCAACGAUAACGCCGCUAAAUAUAUGAACUACGGUCAACUCACCGGUGGUCAAGAGGCAAUCAAAUCCUACACAAAAGGUAUUGAGCUAAUGGAAUCGGAAUUAAAUGAUAAAAUAAAGAAGAAUAGUAGCAAUAACAAUAAUAAUAGUAAUAACAAUAUUAGUAAAGUUUCAAAUAAAAAUAAUAAAAAUAAUAAUAAUGUAGUACCAAUAAAAGUUUCAAAUCAAAAUAAUAAUAAAAAUAAUAAGAAUAAGAAAACCAAAGAUGGUAGAUUGGUUGAAGAUAAAAAGUAUGAUAUUUCCGACGACGAAGAGGAUAUGGAGGAUGACGACGAACACCAAGAAGAAGAGUUAAGUGAAGAGGAAGAAUCAAUUUUGAUCUUGAAAGAUCAAAUUUGUUCUGCUCUAUGUUCAUUAUCAGAGUUAUAUUUAACUGAUGAAUGUUUCGAUGAUAAUGCAGAGAUAGAAUGUGAGAAACAUAUAUUGAGAGCUAUAGAAUAUGCUCCAACUUCACCAGAGCCAUACAGUAUGAUGGCAAGUAUGAGAAUCAGUCAACAGAAGAAUGAGGAGGCCUUGCGUUGUUUGCAACACUCCUAUUCACUGUGGUCGGAGCUCACCAUCGAUAAGAGACCCUCGUUGGAAUACCGUUUCGACGUAUCACGUCUCUUUAUCGAAUUGAACCAAAACCGUACUGCAGUCGAUAUCCUAGAGACACUAGUCUACGAACAGGACAACAUUGCCGAGAUCUGGCAUACAUUGUCUAUAGUCUACCAGAGUCUCAACGAACCACGUUCUGCUCUCGAGUGUAUUGAAGUUGCAUCUCAAUUAUUGGCUAUAUCAAAUGACCAAGAUGAGAAAUUCCAAAAAGAUGUUAAUGAUAUUUUAAUUAAACUUCAACACGAAGUUUCAUUGCUUCCAGAGGAAGAGGAAGAAGGUGAAGAUGAUGAUGAACAAAUGGAAGAUUAA